GUAAAGAGGACCUGAAAUGUAAUCUCAGAAACGUGACCCUUAUUACCUGUGCAACCCUCGUCAAGCCACUUAACCCCAAUUUCUUCCUCCCCCCAAAAAGAUCCUCAAUAGGAUCCUCAAUAAUUUCUAAGAGUACAGAGUGCUUCUGGUCAAAAAAAUUGGAAACUGUUGCUCUGGACCAAAAAUGUUCAUUCUAAGCAUCCUUCAACUUAAGAGGUUAUUUCCUUACAAUUAUCUGUACUUAUACACCUUUGUUCCUUCCACAUCAUUAUCUUCACCCUCAGUUUGAGGAUCCUCCUAGUAUUCUUGGGCUACCCAGAGGCUUCCUAUUAUAGCUUCUUAUCCACCUCUUUUUACUCUGGUGAUUCCUUGUAUUUAGGAUCUAGUGCUUUGUGUCCCAGCUCAAUGAUGAUAGUCAAGCCACUUGAACUCAGACUCUCAGUCUCUUCAUCUAAAUAACCUUCAGACCUCUGUCAUUCCUGCUUCCUCCAUUCUCUCAAAUGCAUGUACUGCUGAACUGUUGACUGGAAAUGUUCUAAAUUCAUGUUGUCCAAAUUCUGCGGGCCCUCACUGCAUCCAGGCAGUGCUUUUAUUUCUCUUCAUUGAUUCACUAUCUCAGUCCUUGCAGAAGCUAUUCCAAACUUUCUCUUCCCAAGCUUUUCCAUACCUUCCUCCCCCACUUUCUCAGCUGAACAUCUUGCCUUCUUUACUUGAGGAAAUGGAGGUCACUUGACAUGAACCCUCUCAUCUCAAUCUUUUCAUUCCAAAAUUCCUUUUCCUCUCCUUUUUUCAAGUCUGUGAUAGAGCAGUAGCCCUUCUUCUUGCCAAGGGUAACCCUCUUAUAGGUGUGCUUGAACUCAUCUUCUUCCAUCUUCUCUAACAGAUUGUGACCCAUUAUUCUCUCUCCAUGUCUUUCUCUGUCUCUAUUCUGAUUCUAUUUCUCUCUGACUCUGUCUCUAUCUCUGACAUUGUCUCUGUAUCUGUCUGUUUCUAUCUUUUUCUAUAUCAAUGUCUUUGUUUCUUUAUCCAUCAUUCUGUCUCUAUAUUUUACUGUCCCUGUUUUUGUCUCUGUCUCUGUCUCCUUGUCAUUGUGUCAGUGUCUCUUUCUGUUUCUCUGUCUCUGUCUCCUUCUCUCUGUGUCAACGUGUCUUUCUGUUUGUCUUUGUGUCUCUGUCUCCUUCUCUCUGUGUCAAUGUCUCUGUUUGUCUUGGUCUGUCUCCUUCUCUCUGUGUCAACGUCUCUUUCUGUUUGUCUUUGUGUCUCUGUCUCCUCUCUCUCUAUGUCAACGUCUCUUUCUGUUUGUCUUUGUGUCUCUGUCUCCUCUCUCUCCAUGUCAAUGUCUCUUUCUGUUUGUCUUUGUGUCUCUGUCUCCUUCUCUCUGUGUCAACGUCUCUUUCUGUUUCUCUGUCUCUGUCUCCUUGUCUCUGUGUCAACGUCUCUUUCUGUUUGUCUUUGUGUCUCUGUCUCCUCUCUGUGUCAACGUCUCUUUCUGUUUGUCUUUGUGUCUUUGUCUCCUUCUCUCUCUCUCUAUGUCAAUGUCUCUUUCUGUUUGUCUUUGUGUCUCUGUCUCCUUCUCUCUCUCUAUGUCAAUGUCUCUUUCUGUUUGUCUUGGUCUGUCUCCUUCUCUCUGUGUCAACGUCUCUUUCUGUUUCUCUGUCUCUGUCUCCUUGUCUCUGUGUCAACGUCUCUUUCUGUUUGUCUUUGUGUCUCUGUCUCCUCUCUGUGUCAACGUCUCUUUCUGUUUGUCUUUGUGUCUCUGUCUCCUUCUCUCUCUCUAUGUCAACGUCUCUUUAUGUUUCUCUGUCUCUGUCUCCUUCUCUCUGUGUCAACGUCUCUUUCUGUUUCUCUGUCUCGGUCUCCUUCUCUCUGUGUCAACGUCUCUUUCUGUUUGUCUUUGUGUCUCUGUCUCCUUCUCUCUCUCUAUGUCAAUGUCUCUUUCUGUUUGUCUUUGUGUCUCUGUCUCCUUCUCUCUGUGUCAAUGUCUCUUUCUGUUUGUCUUUGUGUCUCUGUCUCCUUGUCUCUGUGUCAACGUCUCUUUCUGUUUGUCUUUGUGUCUCUGUCUCCUUCUCUCUGUGUCAAUAUCUCUUUCUGUUUCUCUGUCUCUGUCUCCUUCUCUCUGUGUCAGUGUCUGUUUCUCUGUCUGUCUCUGUGUCAAUCCCUCUUUCUAUUUCUCUUUCUGUCUGUGUCAAUGUCUCUUUCUGUUUUUCUUUCUGUCUGUUUCAAUGUCUCUUUCUCUUUCUCUGUCUUUUUGUCUGUCUCCUUGUCUCUCAAUGUCUCUGUUUUCUUUCUGUAAUUCUCAUGAGAAUUAAUCUAUCACCUAUGCAUAUUACUCACAAAUCUAUAUAUCCUGCUUUAAUUUCUCUCAUGGGCUUCAGUUCCACACUAUUAUCUAUUGGACAAUACAAAUUUGAUAUACCAAGGAUACAUGUCAAGCCCAACAUUUAGAAAACAUUAUCUUUCUUUCCAACUCCCUUUGCUGCCAACUUCCAGAUUUCUAUCAAAAGCACCACUAUCUUCCAGAUUCUGAUUUUGUACCCUCAGUAUUAUUGUAAGAUCAUAGGAGAAUAGACUUAUAAAUAAAGGAGAUUUAGAGUCCUAAAUCCAACCCUCACAUUUUACAGAUGUAGAAAAUAAGACAAAAGAAAGGUUAGAUGACUUGCCCAGAUAAAUGCCUGAGGUAGCAUUUGAAUCCAGGUGCUCGCUGACUCCAGGUCCACUAGUUUAUCUACCAUACAACCUGAUUGCAGCCUAAACUAUUCUUCUUCAAUGUACCUCACCAUACACAUCUAAUCAAGGUAUCAAAUCUCACUGUUUCCAGCUCUAUAAUCUUUCUUCUGACAUCUUUUCUUUACUCCAAUAAUU